ACAAACCAGGGCUGCGGAGAUGCGCGGAAUAAAUCGCAAAAUAUAUGUACUAGCAUGAAAAUGUAGAUAACUAAAUUGCUUACCGGAGAUGUUUUCGCGACAUUUUAGGCCAUUCUUCCGAAGUUACCGUCAGGGCUGGCGAGCUUUCAGCUCCCAUUUCUGGAGAUUUGUGGCCGAACCCGGUUUUAUCGACAGGUGUUCCCUCAAAAGGGUGGCUACCCUGCUGCCGCUGGUCAUCAUCCGCUCCGCUCACUGCAAAAGCAAGUCGAUAGAGGACCACGAGGGGAAAAGGACUUCCCGCAGGCGAUCGAUGAGCAAGGUCAUGUAUGAAAUGAGCCUGGAGGGCAAAGCCCAGCGGUAUCUCAAUGACCUGAAGGAGAGAUGGAACCAGCUGCAUCGGACUCCCGGCUUGUUUGCAUAUCAGCUGAAAAAUCUGCCACAAAGGCGAAGGAUACCAGGCUCCCAUGGCUUCUACACUGAGCUUAAUACAGAUCGGUCCCUGAAACGCCGCGGCCCUCAGACCAUCGAGAGCUUGAAUCCCGCCUUCAGGCCCACGAAUUUUAACUUCAACAAAGUCAAUGCCUCCGAGGUACUGAUGACCAUAGACGAUUGCCACGGCAGUCCGGAAGUGCAGAUGAUUAUUAAUAAGAGCCCACUCACCCAGUAUCACACUCUGAUCUGUCCGGAGGUGUCAAAAAACCAAGUUCAGCGUAUAACGCGUGACGUUCUGGCCUUCUGCAUCACCUUCAUGCGGAGCAUCGAUGACAGGAACAUACGCAUGGGCUACAACAGUCCCGGGGCCUUGGCCUCUGUCAAUCACCUUCACUUCCAUCUGCUACUGUUACCCCAGGAUCUGUAUAUUGAUAAAGUCAAAUUGGAGACACUAGCCGGAGAUUCUAUUUUUCGCUUGAGCCGGCGGGCACCCACGGAAGCCAUCUGUGUGGUAUUCCGCGCAAAGGACACCGAUGACGAUGUGUCAGAGAAGAUUGAUCAGAUUUACAAGCUGGCCAUGUGGAUGUGCCAGAACAAUAUGCCGCACAAUCUGUUUAUCACGCAGGAUAGAAGUGCAAAAGGGCAAGGAGACGUGCAGGUCUUCAUUUUUGCUCGGUCCAAGUACUGCGUAAGCAAGGACUUGGCAGACUUCAAUGUGGGAUUUUGCGAAUUGGCUGGAUUUAUUCCGCUGCCAGAUGCUGAUAAAAUGGAGAACCUUACGGAGCAACAGGUGCUUCACAGGAUCCGCUCUGUCACUGGUUCAGCUCCCAAGGCUGUGUAUGAGGAAAUAACGAAUAUUGUCGAGGGAAGGACCACGGAAUUCCCUUGGGAGCAGAUCUUGGCAAUGUGAAACCGAGUACAAAAUAAACAUCUAGAGGCUUUUUUAGGAACUUAA